AGCACUCACAAUCUUUGCAUGAUUAGUUCAUCGUAGCACCCAUAAUGCUAAUUGUAACUUGUAAAUGUUGUUGUUUUUGCAGAUUAUCCACGACAGGAUACGGACACACAUGUCCAGGAGCAGGUUGAUGUGGAAUUCUUUGCCUGGAGGACUCUACGCACUUCCUGAGUUCUCCAGCGACCUCACCCUCUUCCCCUUCUACUACUCAACACUCGGUAAGAGUCCUUCUCAGGAGUUUACAGCUGUCAUUCAAGCGGUCACACCUCUACAGUCCCAACAGCAGCCCAUAUUCAAACUGAUCCAUGCGGUCGCCAAGUCCAAGUUCUGUGCACAGAUUUUAGUGCUGUGGAACUGUGAGAAGCCUCCACCACCCAGAAACAAGUGGCCCUCCAUCACAACACCCUUCUCCGUCAUUGAGGGCAAAAGAAAGACGAUGAGUGGCCGUUUUUUCCCUCAUCAUGCUAUCAAAACUGAUGCAGUUCUCAGCCUGGACGAGGACUCGGUUCUGUCCACCAAUGAGGUGGAUUUCGCCUUCAUUGUUUGGCAGAGUUUUCCAGAUCGGAUCGUAGGCUACCCAGCACGCAGCCAUUACUGGGACAGUGGGAAGGGGAGGUGGGGUUAUACCUCUAAAUGGACCAAUGAAUACUCCAUGGUGCUCACAGGAGCUGCGUUCUACCACAGGUAUUAUCAUCACCUGUACACAUACUACCUGCCAACGUCUCUGCUGUCAAUGGUGGACCAGUUGGCCAACUGUGAGGACAUCCUCAUGAAUUUCCUCAUCUCUGCAGUAACCAAACUCCCGCCAAUCAAAGUCACACAGAAAAAACAGUACAAGGAGACCAUGAUGCAGCAGGGCUCUAAGGCGUCUCGAUGGGCCGACCCAGACCACUUUGCACAGCGUCAGUCCUGCAUGAACUCUUUCACACGUUGGUUUGGCUUCAUGCCUCUCCUGCACUCUCAGUUGCGUCUGGACCCCGUCCUCUUCAAAGACCAGGUCUCUAUCCUACGCAAGAAAUACAGAGACAUUGAGAGGUUGUGAGGGGCGAAUCCCUCCAACACUCUGCUGAACUCAUCCGAACAUCCCCAAACAGACCUGCAGUGUUCAGUUCGCCUGGACUCAAAUACAAUAUGUUCCAUCUAUAGAAAAAAAAAAAUUAUAACAAAAUAUGCAACACUGAAUGAUUUUAUCUGCAGCUGAAGGUUUCGUGGCAAGCAUUUGCUCAGAAUAGGACUGGCUCCUUGCGUGUUCGAAUUUGUUGUUGUUGUCGGUGUUGUUGUCUGCGAGGGCCGUAGCUGCUGCACAUGUAUGAACAGGAGGUAAAAGAGGCGUGUGAAUGGAUGAAAACAGCUUAACGAGUCACCUAUGCCUGCAAUAUGUCUUUUAAUUUAAAUUUUUUUUUUUUAAGAAAUUCUUUUUUUUUUAAAGAAGUUUAAAAAAUAAAAUCUAUGAAUGCAAAGUGGGUUUGCACCCUAAAUAUUCAUUUUUGUAUCAUUUUAUUGUGUGUUUGUCCCUUAAUACACCAUUUUUUCC